AUGAAUCCAUAUAUCACGGAUCCAGACAAUAUCCCUCCUUCUGAUCUAUAUGCCGACUUGCCGUUUUACGGUCGGUAUCUUCCCAAACCAGAUGACUUCCGCAUUGAUGUACAACAUAUCAACUCCCAGUCCACAGACUCAUUGGACUACUGGGCUUCAGUAGUCGAUCUUUGCAAUGAAGCUAUGAGAAUCUACCCAGCCGAUGAAGGUGGUCGCGAUGUGUUUGCCCUUGGCAGAGUCAUCAUUAAGUCGAGCCAUUUACACCGUGCAGAGUAUACAGAGAUCGACUACUCGUAUGCGGAUGCCAAUGAAGAACAAGCUAUUCCUAUUGUGAAGAAUGUUCUAAAAGACGUCAAAAUCAAUGGUCGCCAGGUACUAGUCCAGGAAAGACUUCCGGGUGUUGCGUUAGCUGUUGCAUGGCCGUACCUCUCGCAGAAACAAAAGGAGUUCUUCAAACAGCAAGCACGAGAAAUACUUCGACAGCUACACUCCAUUAAGCCUGAUGGCCAGACCCGCUCUUAUAUCGUGCCUGACCCCGGUAUUCUAAGCAAUGACCGUAUCCAACGUCUAGAAUAUGAUAUUCUCUUCUCGGAGACCAAUACUGACCCAGACAUGAGCUUCAUGCAUAACGAUCUCAAUAUAUCCAACUAUAUAGUUGACGAUGACAAGAUUGUGGGGCUUAUUGAUUGGGAAAUGGCUGGCUUCUUUGGUUGGAACACGGCUAGAGAAGUUCAUCGCAAGGCUAGACCAUAUGAUGAUCCAAUUUGGAAAGAUCUAUAUGAGCAAGAUGCACUUGAUACCUGA